AUGCGGUCGAGAGCCUGGCCCAGCAGCUCUCGGCUGUACAGAAGCAGACUGAGGCGUCCACCCGUCCGCGGCCGCAGCACCCCAACCUGCUCAUCGCCAACGGCGGCCCCCUACGUCCGCCCCCCGCUCCCGCACCUCAUCCGCUCUGGCAAGCAGCGCCGUGGAGCUGGGCCGGUUUUCUCUGUCCCUGGGUCCCGGGAGGGUACGGAGAGUCGUGGACAGACCAACACCGGACCACGCUCAUCCUCCUCCUUCGCCAGCUGGCAGCAGCGGGCGGUUCGAGAGAGUCAACGAAGGCCCUACUCACCUGUGGAACCAGAUCACCAAAAACUGGAACGAGAGGCCCGAAUUUGUCGUCUACUCAAGCAUCCCAACAUUGUGAGGCUCCAUGACAGCAUAUCAGAGGAGGGUGUUCACUACCUCGUCUUUGAUUUAGUCACAGGAGGGGAGCUGUUUGAAGAUAUUGUUGCCAGAGAGUACUACAGUGAGGCCGAUGCCAGUCAUUGCAUUCAGCAGAUCCUUGAGGCUGUUCUCCACUGCCACCAGAUGGGAGUGGUCCAUCGUGACCUUAAGCCAGAGAAUCUUCUCUUGGCCAGCAAACUGAAGGGCGCAGCAGUGAAACUGGCUGAUUUUGGGCUGGCUAUCGAGGUGCAGGGAGACCAACAAGCGUGGUUUGGGUUUGCUGGAACUCCAGGUUAUCUGUCUCCCGAGGUGCUGAGGAAGGAGCCUUAUGGCAAACCAGUGGACAUGUGGGCAUGUGGUGUUAUUCUGUACAUCCUCCUUGUGGGUUACCCUCCUUUCUGGGAUGAAGACCAACAUCGACUUUACCAGCAGAUCAAAGCUGGUGCAUAUGAUUUUCCCUCUCCUGAGUGGGACACAGUGACACCAGAGGCCAAAGAUCUGAUCAACAAGAUGCUGACUAUAAACCCCGCCAAACGCAUCACAGCAGCUGAGGCCCUCAAACACCCCUGGAUCUGUCAACGUUCCACAGUGGCAUCCAUGAUGCACAGACAGGAGACAGUGGAAUGCCUGAAGAAAUUCAAUGCCAGGAGGAAGCUUAAAGGUGCUAUCCUUACUACAAUGCUUGCUACACGGAACUUCUCAAGCAAGAAUCCAUACAAGAAACCUGAUGGUGUUAAGAUCAACAACAAAACCAACGUAAUCACCAGCCCUAAAGAACCUGCCCCAUCUCCUGCUCUGGAGCCUCAAACUACUGUUAUCCACAAUCCCACUGAUGGAAAUAAGGAAUCAUCAGAGAGUGCCAACACCACUAUUGAAGAUGAAGACAUUAAAGAACCAGUAUACCGCCUGCCUACUGCUUCUCCUAGAAUGUACAAGCUUGAACAAUCUCAUUCCCAGCAGUCUUGUUCUUCCACUUCCUCCUCUGUCUCAUCCUGCUGGUACCUCCCAAACAUGUGGCCUGAAGAAGUCUGCUGUAACCGCAUUCUCAAAGCCCUCCUGGCACUCUACCUGCUUGUUUUUCUAUUUGCCUUUUUGGCCUUCCUCUACGUCAACUCAACAGCCGAUUGUGGCCAGUGCAUUAAUCCUAAGGCUGCUCCCAAACGGUCUCAGCUAAUCCAGAGCCACAUCACCAUUCAGUCACGGAAACAGGAGAUAAUUAAAGUCACAGAGCUGCUGAUCGAAGCCAUAAAUAAUGGAGAUUUUGACGCAUACACGAAGAUUUGUGACCCUGGACUGACAUCUUUUGAACCUGAAGCUUUGGGAAACCUAGUGGAGGGGACAGAUUUCCACAGGUUCUACUUUGAAAACUCUCUCUCCAAAGGCCACAAACCCAUCCACACCAUCUUGCUGAACCCUCAUGUACACCUGAUCGGUGAGGAUGCUGCAUGCAUCGCUUAUAUAAGGCUCACCCAAUACAUGGAUGUCAACAAUAUGCCUCGCACCAUGCAGUCUGAAGAAACGCGUGUCUGGCACCGUCGUGAUGGCAAAUGGCAGAACAUCCACUUCCACCGGUCUGGCUCACCAACUGCGCCCACCAAGUGAGUUAAUAAGGUCUCCAGAGCACAGCCUUUCCUGUCAACUGAGCUUCAACAAGUGUCUGGCCCAACUCAAUCAUGAUCUUCAUAGUUUACUCUACUGUACCAGAGUCUUGUUUACAUUCACUGUUGGACUAAUAGAACAUAGAAGGUUGGAGAAUCAUUUCAGAUCAGGAUGUGGUGUGUUUUUAUGUGAGUACAUUUGCAUGUAUUGAGUAUGCUGUUUACACACUAUACUCAUUCAUGUGAAAAGCAUGUUCUUACUUAGUACUUUAAUCUUUUUUUGAAGGGUUACAUUUUUGUAUAACAAAAUAUAUGGAGCCAUUUGUUAGUAAUCUGUGGUGUUUGGGUGCGAGGUACUGUAUAUCAGAAAAUAAUUAAUCAAGGUUUUUUUAAUUGUCAAGAUCCAAAAUGUACUUAUUUCUUAAAAUGACAAAUAUGAGCUUGCUUAUGGUUUUCAGUGAUGUACAUUUUGUGAAGUUAUGUGAAGUGCUAUUUUAGCUUUACACUUUGGAGUAUUACUAGUUUAUUUUUAGCACGCAUACUGUAGGAAGCAUUGUGCUAUUUUCUUGGAUAACCCAAAAUUCUGAGAAGGGAAAAGGUUUAGAGUUUUAUUUGAUUUUUUUGCUCGUGAAUUGUCAUACAUUCUUUUUUCAUAUAUUCAGAUGCACGAUAACUGUAAUAACUCAAACUUCACUACACCAGAUAAGCUCAGAUGCUCAUUCUGUAAAGAACGCAAAUGGCUUGCAAAGCCAGAUAAGUUUUUCCUUUCUUUUCAAUAAUUUGUGUGUAAUUUAGUUUUGUUGUGGUAACUUAAUUGUGUGCAUUUACAAAGUGUCUGCUUCUCACUGUAAUUUGUGGUACUCUUUGAGGAAAAUCUAACAGGUUGCAUUCUCAUUUUUAACCUUUUAUGAAUAAUGCAUGACAUUUUACUCUUACUCAUCUCUCAUAUAGAUCCAAAACCUUUCUUCCCAUUUCGUAUGUGAGUCUCUGUCUUGACAGACAAACCUUGACUGAAGAUCUCAUGCAGAAUAAAUGAAUCAAAGUCAAUGUUCUGUACAUAUAAUCCACUACACACUAUUACUUACACAAUACAAAGAAUGUAACCAUGGUGAUGCCACAGUGUACUAAUAAAAGAGGCAGAUUGUUUGUCAGAAUACAAUUUUGAUUCUUCUAAGUCCAGUUCAUUAUGGUAAUAUAUUAAGUUACAGUACAACAUUAUAGAAUAAGGAUAUUACCAGUGGGAUUGAUAUAAUAGAUUUCUAAAUAUGUGAAACAUCUAAUAAAAUGUGUAAU